AUGGCUUCCAUUUCCAUGACCGAGAGGGCCACAAGCGGUAGCACUGGAUCAAAUGUAGACCCUUUGUUAACUAGACACCAGGUGAUUGAAAUUCAUCCAUUGGAUAACAUCAAAGUUGACCUGAAUGAGGAGGGAACAGUUAGAAGACGGACAGUAGGCACAAAUAAUCUGAAGGCAAACAAAACCGUGUUACUCAUGGGAGCGACUGGAGUAGGAAAAUCAACUCUCAUCAAUUAUAUUGCCAACUACAUCCUUGGGGUCAAUUUCGAGGACAACAAAAGAUUCCAAUUAAUCCCAGAUGAAAAAAAGAGUCAAACUGCAUCUCAAACUACUGCCAUCACUGUGUAUGACAUCUUUGGCCAUGAAGGGGACUGUGUUCCUUUUUCAGUUACAAUCAUCGACACCCCAGGAUUUGGAGACACAAAUGGGAUUGAACAAGAUCAACUCAUUACUAAAAACCUUCAAGAAUUGUUUGAGUCCAAAAAUGGAGUGCACCAAAUUGAUGCCGUGUGUUUUGUUGUUAGAGAGGAUGAGGUUCGUCUCACCCUCACCCAACGCUACAUCUUUGAGUCCAUCCUUUCCAUAUUUGGAAAAGACAUUGAAAACAAUAUCCUUGCACUUAUCACAUUUGCAAGAGGAGAUCAGCUGAUCCACAAAUAA